UCUGUGGGAGUUUCAGAGUCACAUUAUACGUGAAGUAAAUGAUCUUGGUACGUCAGUCAACUGAGAAGAAAUCACUUUACUACUUCUAUAAAGAGUGGUUUAAAGUCAGAAAGUACAGAAGAAUUUGUAAAUCGUUGUGGAAUUAACUAAACCCUUUACCUGGACCGUAAUUCGGGAGAGUAUUUUAAAAAAUAUUAAUUCCGAAGAACAAAGAUGUAAGUUUUCAAUUGAAAACUUGCGCUCUGGUUAGAUAUUAAGAACCGUGUCAACAUUUAAGGGUCAUAAGUGAUUCAACGGAAUACAGCCACUGACGAGCCAUUACCGAUGUCAGAGUGAGAAGGAAGAACAGCUCUACUUUGUAAACAUCAAGGAAAACUUACAAUGGAAUGGGAGAUUACUUUCAUGUUAGCUUUCCUGUUCCCGUGGACUUGCCAUUGUUACCGUUCUGGUGGGUACGCUGUUUACGGCUAUCGAGGUACGGCGAAUCUGACGUCAUCAGUCCCAUUCGAUGGCGACUCGUUGUACUGCAUCAGCUUCUGGGUGAACAUGUAUGGAUCCAAGGUUGGAACGCUCUCCCUGCUGAUAGACGGGACCUCAGAACCACUAGUAGUCAAGAGUGGCGACCACGGCGACGCCUGGAAUCAAGUCACUUUGGAACUCCCUCUACGACAGGACAAAUUCAAUCUCACAUUUUCUGCCAAGUCUAAUUCCAGCGACUCUAGUGACAUCGCCUUGGAUGAUAUAACUGUCGUCAUUGGAAGCUGUGCUCCACAAAGACAGUUUUACUACGUUUACAUGCCGGCGCUCGAGACAUUCCACGAAACUGAGGCCUUGCCAAAACGCAGCGCAGGUACGGUCAGUCCUCAGCUCAACUUCCAGGGCCCCACCUGUUUCCGGUUCUACUACUUCAUAUCUCGAGGUGCUGACGUGUCUUUGUCCGUGUCGAUGCUGGGACCUCAGGACGCCAAGGAACAAGUGGUGUGGGGAAAACAAAACCAACUACAGGGAAUCUGGAGCAAAGGGGAAGUAACUCUCGUAUCCCCGAAGUCAAGUGUGGUGAGUCAUCGCGGCAGCCAGGUUUUUUCUUAUGUUUUUGGCCUCUUUUCAAUAAUAUUUGGACAGUUUUAAAAGGUACCUUCUCUUUGUCGUUUCGUUUCAUUU